AUGUCGCUUUCUAACAAGCUGACUUUGGACAAACUGUACGUGAAGGGAAAGCGGGUCAUGAUGAGGGUGGACUUCAAUGUUCCUAUGAAGAACAACCAGAUAACAAAUAACCAAAGGAUCAAGGCUGCUGUCCCAAGCAUCAAAUUCUGCUUGGACAAUGGAGCCAAGUCAGUUGUCCUUAUGAGCCACUUGGGCCGACCUGAUGGUGUUCCCAUGCCUGACAAGUACUCCCUAGAGCCAGUUGCGGCAGAACUCAAGUCUCUGCUGGGCAAGGAUGUUCUCUUCUUAAAGGAUUGUGUGGGCCCAGAAGUUGAGAAUGCCUGUGCCAAC